UCCAAAAUCUCCGCGCACGGCCGGCCAGUUGCCACGUCACUCCCCAACCUCGCCGGAAUCCCCCGCGCUCUUCGCUACCGCUCGGCCCCGCCGUGCUAGCGCGCGAGAUGACGGCGGAGGUGAGGCACCGUACGGUGGAGGUGGCGAGCGGGGUGCGCCUGCACGUGGCGGAGGCGGGGCCGGAGGACGGGCCCGCGGUGGUGCUCGUGCACGGCUUCCCGGAGCUCUGGUACUCCUGGCGCCACCAGAUGGCCGCGCUCGCCGCCAGGGGGUUCCGCGCCGUCGCGCCCGACCUCCGCGGGUACGGCGACUCCGACGCCCCCGCCGACCAGGCCUCCUACACCGUCCUCCACCUCGUCGGCGACCUCGUCGCGCUCAUCGCCGACCUCGGCCAGCCCCGGGUGUUCGUGGCGGCGCACGACUGGGGCGCCGCCGUGGCGUGGCAGCUGUGCCUGCUCCGCCCCGACCUGGUCACGGCACUCGUCGUCCUCAGCGUCGAGUACCACCCGCGGAACCCGAGCAGGAGCCCGGUGCAGACCCUCAGGGCCAUCUGCGGGGACGAACACUACAUCUGCUUCUUCCAGAAACCUGGAGUGGCCGAAGCUGAAUUUGGUCGAUGUGAUAUAAAGUGUGCCUUAAAGAAAUUCUAUGGAAUGCGGAAGCCAGAACCUCUGAUUAUACCUCAAGGCAAGACCUUAUUUGACUCGAUUGAUUCAGAUGGUACUUGCCCUGCAUGGCUGACAGAAGAAGACAUUGCCUACUACGCUGAGAAAUUUGAGAAAACAGGGUUUACCGCUGGAUUGAAUUACUACAGAUGCAUCGACUUGAAUUGGGAGUUGACUGCACCAUGGACUGGAGUUCCGAUAAAAGUUCCGACAAAAUUCAUUGUUGGAGACCAGGACCUUACAUACAACAUCCCUGGUGUGAAAGACUACAUUCACAAGGGUGGCUUAAAGGCAAGCGUGCCAAAUCUGGAGGAUGUGGUUGUGAUGGAGGGUGUUGCCCACUUCAUCAACCAGGAGAAGCCUAAUGAGGUUUCCAACCACAUUUGCGAGUUCUUUGGCAAGUUCUGAUGUAAGCUAAAUGUACUGUAAAAACUACAGCCAGAUGGCCUAUAGUGUAACAUUGCCAAUUUGGUUUGUGGUGUGUGGACUAAAAGCAUUGAAGAAUAAACCGGUUCACUAAAUUGUUGUCAAAAUAUUGGUCUCCCAAAUACUUUCUUUUUGGUUGGGGCAACUGAAUAUUCCAGAAAUUUAAGGUAUCUUGAAUGAGCAUGAAUGAAUUUCAAC